AUGGCAAGUGCAUCUACUUUGCUUACCACAAGUUUCAUAAAGAAUACUUCUGGAUUAAUGUUUUCUGGUAGCCACAAUUACAGACUAAUUCAAGUUAAUCAUAAAAAAUUUGCAUUAGUUAGAACAGAUCUACAAAUAAGAUCAUUUUCAGUAUAUUCAGUUCCAAGAUUUGUUUUUCAUGCAAUGCGAAUACCUGCAGCUGGCUUUACAUUAGGGGUUGGUGGUUUGACAUAUGCAAAUUAUAAAUUUAACGGUAAGUCAAAUAUAUUCUAUGAACAAAAUGAAAAUUCUGAAAUGCUUGGAUCUCUAACGAGUGGUGUAAAGUCUGCAAUAGGAUCAAUUGGUGGAUUAACAAAUAUGAAUGUUGGAAUAGAAAUACCCGGUUUUGUAAAAAAUAUGUUUUCUAAAAAUCCAACUCAAUCAAAAUCAUCGUCAAAUUCAUUCAAGGCUGAUUCAGAUAGACCAAAAUUUAUCAAAAAGGAGGAUGAAGGCGAUUCAGAAUCAUCUAGUGGUGGUAAUAGUGAAAAAGAUAAUGAUGAGAAUGAUGGUGAAGAUUCUGGAGCACAUAAAAAUAAACGUGGUAUUCCAGCACAAGAUGAUGAAUUCAUGGUGCUUACAAAAAAAUUGAUAGAAGUUCGUAAUAUUUUAAUGAGCAUUGAUCAUAAAGAGGCAUUAAAAUUACCAAGUAUUGUAGUAAUUGGUAGUCAAAGCUCUGGUAAAAGUUCUGUAUUAGAAGCAAUUGUUGGUCAUGAAUUUUUGCCAAAAGGAUCAAAUAUGGUCACUCGGAGACCAAUUGAGCUAACAUUAAUACAUACGUCUAAAUCUAAAGAAGAAUAUGGUGAAUUUCCUCAACUUGGAUUAGGAAAAAUACAUGAUUUUUUACAUAUACAACAAACAUUACGUGAUCUUAAUUUGGCAGUACCAGAGUCUGAAUGUGUUUCCAACAAACCAAUUGAACUUCGUAUCUAUUCACCCAAUGUUCCUGACUUGACUUUAAUAGAUUUACCUGGUUACAUUCAAGUCACAAAUAAAAACCAACCUGAAACUUUAAAAGAAAAAAUUGUUGAAUUAUGUGAGCAAUAUAUCAGAGAGCCAAAUAUUAUAUUAGCAGUAUGUUCUGCUGACGUAGAUUUGGCAAAUUCAGAAGCUUUAAAAGCUAGUCGCAAAGUAGACUCUUUAGGUUUGCGUACUAUUGGUGUUAUAACAAAAAUGGAUUUAGUUGAACCAGAAAUUGGUGCAAGUAUAUUAAGAAACACCGAUUAUCCAUUACAUCUGGGUUAUAUUGGUGUUGUUUGCAAACCCUUAGAAAACAAAAAUAAUCAAAAAAAUAUUACAUCAGCUUUGAUGCGACGUGAGGACCAAUUUUUUAGGAGUAAUUAUGUGUAUAGUCAACGAGGCAUUCAAAUUGGUACUGGAACUUUACGUAGAAAACUUAUGGAAGUGUUGGAGGAAAAUAUGGCAAAAUCAUUGUUUUCAAUUGUUUCAGCGGUCCAAUCAGAAUUAGAAGAGGCUCGUUAUCAAUUUAAAGUACAAUAUAACGACAGACGAAUUACAGCAGAAUCUUAUGUUGCUGAAACCAUUGACAGCAUUAAACAUAAUUUCAAAGACUUUGCACAUUCUUUUGGAAAACCUCAAGUUAGAAAUGAAGUACGUGCUAUGUUAGAGCAGAGAGUGCUAGAUCUUUGUGCAGAGUUGUAUUGGACAGAUAAAAGGAUUGUUGACUUGCCAAAAACACCGCCCGAUGAUCUUUAUUGGCAAUAUAAACUUGACAUGAGUUCUGCCACACUUACUAAAAGCGGUAUAGGAAGAACAAGUACUCAAUUAGUAGUAGAUGUAUUAAUGGCAAAUAUGGAGAAAUUAGCAUCAAUGGAACCAUUGAAUCAUCACCCAGAUACUAGUAAAAAAGUGCUUAAUUUUAGUAAUGAAAUUUUACGUAACAAAUUUCCCACCACCGCUGAUCAAGUUGAAAAUUGUGUAAAACCUUAUAAAUAUGAAGUUGAAUGUAAUGAACAAGAAUGGGCUGAAGGUUUAAAGAGAUCGAUUUUACUUGUAGAAAAAGAAUUAGAGUAUUGUGACACUGUCUUACAACAAAUCAAAAAUACUGUAGGUAAAAAAAAAUUAAGAGCUGCAAUAAAAUAUAUUCUAGAUGGAGAAAAAGAAGCAGCUAAACGUGCAAAUGUUAAGGCAAAAGAAGGUUCUGUUACAGAAAUCAACGAGGAAGUUACAAUCAUCCAUAAUAUACCGCCAGCGUCCAAUAAAGUUAUCGAAGAAAAUGAUUAUGACAAUCAUCGUCUACAUUUCAAUGCAAAAUUACUUGAAAAAGCUCGUGAAGCAAUAUUUCUUCGGGAUCGCUCCAUGAUACUUAAAUAUCGUUUAGCUGCUCUCAAGUCAAGACAAUGCAAGUUACCUGAAAACAAGCAAUUUUGUCCUGAAGCAUUUUUAAAUGUUGUGGCUGAGAAACUUACAUAUACUGCUGUGAUGUUUAUUCAAGUGGAAUUAUUAAAUGAAUUUUUCUUUCAAUUUCCAAGAGAAGUUGAUAAUCGUCUCAUUUAUGACUUGGAUCGAAAACAAAUAUUAUCUUUUGCAAAAGAAAAUCCUUACAUUUGCACGCAUUUGGAAUUACAAGAAAGAAAACGUAAAUUAGAAGAGGUGAUGGAAAAGUUAAAUUAUCUUGUAAGACGACAAAGAGAUAUUGAAGGACGUAAAAGUCCAACCUAA